AGCAUACAGUAGUCUAAUGUAGUGACUGCAUCUGAAGGAAACUUCAAAACCAAUAUUAUUUUCUGAAUAUUCAUACUAACCAUCGUGCAUGGUGAAAAUAGUUAAUUGUUCUUCGUAAAAAUAAGAUCCCACGCUGCAAUUGUUUGUCUGUCUGACAAUGACUGUAGAGAUCCUCAGGGAGGGAUUGAGGGCUAUACUGAAUCUGUCUGCUGUCUGUGAACACUCAUUAAGGUUUCUAUAUCCUUGGUCCUCUUCCCUCUCUUUUCCUCUUCCCUUGCUGGUGCCAGCUGCUGUAACCCUAACCCUGCCCCCACCCCCAAGUCCUUGUGACUCCCCUGAUCUAGCCUCCCGUGACCCAGCCCCAGCCCCAUCAGCCCCCUGCGUCCAGCUCCCGGCCCCCCUGUCCCCCUGCCAGCCUGGUGAUGCUGCGGGAGGGGGUGAAGGCCUGGAGCAAUGGCUCUGAGAAAUACAGCAGCGACCCAGAGGAGGAGGAGGAGGAGGAAGAGAUGCUGUUUGGGGAGGAGGAACACAAGGAGGCCCUGGAGAUGAUGGACGUGAGCGACUUGCCCACUGCUCUGUUCGCCUGCGGCAUCCACAAGGCCGUGUUUGAGGAGGAGCGACAGUGGGAGCGUUUCGAGGCGUUGUUCAGGGUCUACGACGAGCAGAUCUCCUUCCAGAUGUUCAGGAGUUUCAGGAGGGUGCGCAUCAGCUUCAGCACGCCGGAGGCCGCAGCACGCGCUCGCAUCGAGCUGCACGAGACCGAGUUCAACGGCAAUCAGCUCAAACUCUACUUCGCCCAGGUCCAGAACACUGGGGAGGAUGUAGACAAGUCGUACCUGGCCCCUCCCCAGCCUGUCAAACAGUUCCUGAUCUCGCCGCCCGCCUCUCCGCCCGUGGGGUGGAGCCAGAGUGAGGACGCCACGCCCGUCAUCAACUACGACCUGCUGUGUGCUGUGGCCAAGCUGGGGCCAGGUGAUAAGUAUGAGCUCCACGCGGGGACAGAGUCCACCCCCAGCGUGGUGGUCCACGUGUGUGACAGCGAGGCAGAGGAGGAGGACGAGGCGCGGCCCAAGCAGAAGAUCGUCCAGACAAGACGCCCCGACGGACCGCCCACCGUCCUCAACUAGAGGACCCCCGCCCACACUCUCCCCCCCCGCGACGCACCUUACCCACGAUGCACCAGCCCCUCUCUCAACGUGUCCCUGGGAUUCCAGAGGAACCACGACGACGCCCCUCAUUUCAGUUCAACUAUAAACAAACCGACGAACGAACAUUGCUGCGGGUGUUUGUGGAGCAUGGUGACGACGGAAUGAGGAGGCCUGAUUGGAUGAGAGUCACACACACACUCAUCACACUGGACGGACAGGGGUGGGGGGGGGCAUCUGCCGGCCUACCCUCCCUCCCCGUCCUCCCUCUGCACCCCCCCCCCUCCCUCACCCUGAGGCAGCGCUGGGUCAGCUCCACCUGACUUUAACACAGGCACCUGCUGUCACCUGGCCUCCUGCUCACCUGUCAUUCACUCGGCACGCAUUGCUAGGCUUGUUAGGUAGCUUGUUAGUUAGUUAGUUGGUUAGCUAGUCAGCUAGUUAGUUUAUUACUUAGUUAGUUUUCACCUCUCCUACAUUCUUAAUCUCAUUGCUGGCUUGUGCACAUUGAGCUUUGAUUGAGGACAUACAAUACCUCCAAAACAAGCAAGAUGUCUUUUUUUUCCUUUAUGUAUUUUAUUGUAUGUCUGUUAUGCUCUCUCUCUCUCUCUCUCUCUCUUUUUCAUAUCAGCUAAUUUGAUGUUUCAAGUACUCAGAAUCAGGAUUGGUUGGGUUCUAUCCUUCCUUUCUGCAUGUAUAUACUAAACAGAUAUAUCAAGAAAAAGGAACCUACUAAGGUCACACACACAACAAGGCGCUGUGUGUUUACGAUCCAGUUGUGAUGUCUGAAUACUUUUUCCCUCUUUCGCUUCUUGUCGUUUUUUUUAUCGGAGAGGUGUCGGUUUGUGCUGAAACUACUUGAUGUGUAUUCUCAUGAACAUGUAUUUGAUACCACAAUCAGUUUUUGCAUGCUUACUAAUGUAGUCAGAGCUGGUGUGUGUGUUUCCUACUGGCAGGAGAGGACAGGGACUUGGCCCAAGGUUUUGGACGUGUAGAUCUCCACACGGAGUUCUAGUCCUGAAGGGAGGCUGACUGGCUGUGAGGACACAGACCUCCACAGUGUAGGAAUGGAAGUCAAGGUAUCUAACGGUGGAGGACUUAAAUUCCAACUUUAAAGUAACUCUCUUCGAGUUUUGAUUGUUGGCAGAGGGUAUUUACUUGAUUCUCCUAUCUUUGAUAUUGAUUUCCUUUUUUAUCAGCUUACCUUUUUUUGUCAAAAUUCUUGUCAGACUUAAAUGCUACUGCUUAUCUCCAGGUCUUUACGGCACCACCUGCUGGCGUCAGGUGGCUGAGCGGUGAGGGAAGCGGGCUAGUAAUCUGAAGGUUGCCAGUUCGAUUCCUGGUCAUGCCAAAUGACGUUGUGUCCUUGGGCAAGGCACUUCACCCUACUUGCCUCGGGGGAAUGUCCCUGUACUUACUGUAAGUCGCUCUGGAUAAGAGCGUCUGCUAAAUGACUAAAUGUAAAUGUAACAAACACUGUCCCCGGUGGCCUACAAGAGUCCUGCAGGCUUCUUUGCUCAGUGCUGAAUAUUCUGCUGAACAACAGAUAAAUAUAAAUAUUCGACUUGGUGUACUAACUGAAAUUAAAUUAACCUGCUGAUAAAGGGAAAACAAGGUUUCUCAGCCUUCUUCAGCCUCUUGAGAUUUCCUAACCAAAGCCCCCAUUUUAUGUUGCAGUCGCAGCAUAAACAGAUUGAACAAAAUAAUUCAAUAAAAAAAAACAAAAGUAUUGAUUUCUCACAAGUUUGGGACAUUGAUGUAUUCAGUUCAUUUUAAAAUGUGGCUGGUAAUUGUCUACCCCCUAAUUUGUUCUAUAUGAGUACUUUAGACUGUAACUUUCUUGUGCGUUCAGUUAUUGCCCAAACUGUCGUAAUUGUCUUCAAGAAAGUAGGUCAUGAAGACUAAUGUAUUGUACCUGUCAUAGGCUUAACAGAGGUCCUUUGAAUCCUGUAAUUCUACAAAAACAACACAAAAUCUUCAAGAGGCAGAUAGUUUAAGUGAUGUGUACAGUGCUUCUAGACCUUAUUGAGAGGUCUAAACCUUAUUUUUGUUAAGUAGCAUGAUUUUUUAUUCAUAUUUUUGCUGAAACUAGUAAUCAAAUAACAGUCUGUCUGCAUGCAAGCACUUUAACGUUCAGUAUCUUUUAUCUUUAUGGUUAAAGUGCAAUCUUGCUGAAGAUAAACACAGUUUAUUUAAUUAAGAUUUUUAUUUCAAUGUGAUUUUUUGUAUCUUCUGUUUCCCCGUGUGAACACCUGGGUAGCCUUCUCACUCUCAGAUGCUCUCAGACUCUUCUUAUUACUGUGUGUGGGAGAGCUGGAGGCCUGUGGGUGUACAGUACUGAAGGGAUGUGGCUUUUAGUCCUGCUGGGCUUCUGGUUUGAGGGUGGGCCGGGCCUGGGGGGG